GAGAGCGAAAGUGUCACAGUAUAAAAGCUGAUCUCUCUGCGUGGAUCUUCGAUCGCCUUGGGCAGCUGGACGGAAGCCGGACCAAAUCGGAGCGUGAGAGCACGUGCCGCUGUGAGAGAGAGGACACGCCCUACCUUUAAGGUUCAACAUGAAGUUAGUAUUGCUCGCUCUGUCUUGUGCCCUGGCACUGUCAUCAGUUCAGGGUCAUUUUUGGAGCCCUUGGUACGACCGGGAUAACCCUUCAGGCCUUGGAGAUUAUGAAAACUUGCAUGCGCAGAAGAAACGAGGUUACGUGUGUGGCGGAUGUAAACCUAUUGCAGCACAGUGUCGCGUAAAGGGGACAACUAAUGUGUUUACGCGCUGGUCUGGCACGGCUCCCAAUAAGUUGGUGAUUCACUGUUCACCUACCAAAGGACUGGUGUGCGUUAACUCCCAGCAGGGCGGGGGAUCCUGCAAAGACUAUGAGAUAAGAUACUUGUGCCCCACUACAAGUGGGUCUUGGACAUCCUUCCUGGACAGAGAUGACCCUAGUGGUACGGGUGACUGGGAGAGCACACGCGCCUUUCGGAGGUUUACCAAAAAUAAUCUUUGCGGUGGUCGUCGUACAAUGUGCGCCCAAUGUCGCGCUAAACGCUCCCGCUACCCUUAUUAUAAAACAGGUGACAGGUACAACACUUUCCACGACUGCAACUGGGAGAAUGGGUUGGUCUGCACUACAUCUGUCAACAAGAAGAUCUGCAAGGACUACGAGGCCAGGUUCAAGUGCCCUACGAUAGGUGAGUGGUGGUUGGGCAGAUUCAGGGAAUCAGACAUUAAACAGUGA